AGUAACAUCAAUAACUAAGAUAACUAAAAUUUUACUAAUUGGGAUGUCUUCUGUGAAGAAACCUCUUAUAUUUCGACAGUUGUUUGAUAGAGAGACAUGCACUUACACCUACUUACUGGGAUGUCCUGAGACAAGAGAAGCUGUGAUCAUUGACCCAGUGAUUGAGUUGGUUGAACGAGAUACAACCUUGAUCAAAGAACUAAAUCUGAACUUAAAAUAUGGGCUGAAUACACAUGUGCACGCUGACCAUAUCACUGGGACUGGAAAAUUAAAAGAAAACUUUCCUGGAUUUAAAUCUGUCCUUGGGAAACAUUCUGGAGGGAAAGCUGAUGUUUGUAUGGACCAUGGAGAUAAAAUCACAUUUGGAAAUCAGACCCUCGAAAGUCGCAGCACUCCUGGACACACACACGGAUGUAUGACAUAUGUUUGCCAUGAACACAAGAUGGCUUUUACAGGGGAUGCUCUCAUGAUAAGAGGAUGUGGAAGGACUGACUUCCAACAAGGAAAUGCAUCUCGUCUGUAUGAUUCUGUCCAUUCACAAAUAUUUACCUUGCCAGACAAUUUCAAAUUGUACACAGCUCAUGAUUAUAAAGGUCGUACGUUAACCACAGUUGAAGAAGAGAAGAAGUUUAAUCCACGUUUAACACAAACAAAAGAAAAGUUUAUUGAAAUAAUGAACAAUCUUAAUCUCUCUCCUCCCAAGUUUAUUGAUAAAGCUGUUCCAGCCAACCUUGUCUGUGGAAUAUUCGACCCGUAGUAUGCCAAUUACCUUCUUCGCUUAUUGUGCGUUUUUGUUUUUUUAACAUGUACUUUACAAGUUCAAAUUUUUUAUUCGAAGGCUCUCACCCUGACGUGGGCCAAAUCCGGCCUGUUGGGUGAUUCAUU